AGACUCUAAACCUUGGUUCAGGGCAUGCGUAUACUCACGUUCACUAUUGACGAGUUAAUAUUACCAGUGAUGUGUUAAAUUCGACGUAUUUGAGCAACAGACUAUACCGUUUUAUUAAUUUAAUGUUUUAAACGAAGAAAGCCACAUCAUGCCACGUGGACAUCUUUCGAAAACACAAGUUCGAUUCGUGGUUCAGGUGAUGGGUCUAGCUGUGGCCAAUGUUCUUGCGCACCUUGACUAGACGCAUAGAAAUCAAAAUGGAAACAAUAUGUAGUUUUUAACCAUAGUGGCUCCGCGGUCUUCUGUGAAACGCUUGAAUGGAAGGACUGCAAUGAUCUGGAAGUGCUAGUAAUGAUAAAACAGGAGCCACACCUCCCCGAUGGGGAAAGGGAAUCAUCCGCCGUGUUACCGAUUCAGUGACAGGCCUUUUUUCGUCGUCAUGGCUGUCAGGGUGGAUGGCUGGGGAAGAGGAGGAGGAAGCUGGUGACACUCAGCAAGCAGGUUCAUCUAGAGUUGCCAGCCAAGUAAAAACGAUGGCCCCACCUGGCGAGUCUUUCAUUUUUGCCCAGCCAGCUACAGCUCGUCGCUCAUUUCGUCCAAUCUAUCCUGAAGAAGGUGAGAUUGAGGGCAAUAACCAGCAUGCACAUGGUGUGAAUGUUGGCGCCAGCACAAGUAGUGGGGUGCGAUUGAAUUUAACUACAGCCACGUCUGUUGCGAUUCCUACUGCAUCUUCAGUUCCGUUAAGUAGUGAAAAUCCUAGCCCAGUGCUUUUGGGCCGAAGACAUCCUAUAAUAUCCUCAACUCCCUCUCAAAUGUUUUCUACUCGUACUAAAAGUCAGCUUGAACCUCGCCCUGCGCCACUUCUUACAAGCUCCACCCCAACAGGUGAUGACGGCAGUGAAUUUAGCGAGUCAUCAGCAGACACAGGUGUGGAUGCCUCUGUAAUUCCACGUCCAGAUGAGAGAGAUUAUCAACGAGAGAUACUGCAGCUAGAUGAUGAGAGUCUGCAGACAUUGAGAGAGUCUCUGGCUAAACCAGCCCUGGCUCCUCCAGUCGCCCAACCUGCAAGUGCCCUGCCAUCUAUAGAAGAAACAAGAAAAAGACCUCGGGACAUAGAAGCUGAUCAAACCAGUUUACGGGCUGAAGGGAGCCUCAGCAAUAGGUCGUUGUUUAGUGACUCUGGUGAUGUUUCCCUCAGUCAACCUCAACCUUCAGCCUUAGCGAGCAAAAGACCAAGAUUUAAUAUAUCGGCAUAUGGAUCGCCACUCAUGUUUGAGAAGUCUGUAUUGAGUGAUUCGUCAUUUAAGAUGUCACCAUUUUAUCCUGGGAAGACAAUGUUUGGUGGUGCUUCAGCGUACAGAAGACGACAAAUUCGAUCGCAGACUCCAAGAGUCCAGGUGAAACCAAAGCCGGCACAGACUCCUGAUGACGGAGGAUUGAGUCGAUCCGCUCGCCGUAUUCUUGAAUGCCUAGAACAGAUGUCCACCCCAAUAUCAGACGCAAAGCGAAUACCAACCCCAAUACCGGGACAAAGAGGUAGUUUUUUAGAUACCACAUCGGGUUACACAGCUGUCUACCACAGACAUCGACCACCUUCAAGAACACCUGGACCUCCAGCUUACAAGCAGAGUACCCCUGCAAAGGUGUCUGUUGCGGAAAAGUUUGCCAUCACCACGCACAGUACAAGUAAUGCAUCUGCAAGUGGUGUUGAUAGUAGCCCACUUGCUACUGCUGUUGCCUCUGCCUCAACUUCAGAUACAUCCAGAGUAGAAGUGGGUGGUGCAUCAGCCAGCGAGGGGAAGGUUGAUAAGCAGCCAGACAAUGUAGCGUUCUUGUCAGUCUUUUCAAAAGCAGUUUCUGAGGCAACUGCAAACAUGAAGUCUACAAGCAAAAGCGGUGCCUCUCUUCCUACAUUUGAAUUUGCUCCUAAGCCACUUGAAGUAACAGCUGCAUUUGUAGGUGGCUUGAGGAAAGUAGGUGGGAAAGUAAAGACGAAAGUGGUCAGCAGUGGCAGGACAGCCAUUAUUUUACCGGAUGGUGACAUAGUUGAUGGCCCUGAAGAACCCAAUUUACCAGCAGUAACCCUUACUAUUUCGUCUCUUCCGAAGAUUGAUUUUACCUCGGCUAUUAAUACUAGUCCUGCUUCAAAGGCGCCUUCUGCAAACUCGGAAGGAUUUAAAUUUGCAUCGCCAGAAGUUGUUCAUGGAGGUAGUAAAGUCCCUUCAGAUUUUUCGACGAGUCUACCUGUAUUUACAUUUAGUAGCCCAGCAGCAGUUGGCCAUGAAAAUGUCAAUGACUUAGACUCUCCUGCUGCACUAGCUGUUCCAUCAGUACCCUUAUUAUUUAACUGCAGUUCUGGCUCUGCACCCAAAUUAAAAGAAGUUGUUAAAAAGGACAAGGCCUCCAGUGUAUCAGAAUUGAAGGAGGGAAGCAUAUUGGAUGUUCUUAAACCAAAGAGGGCAUCUCCAGAAAAGACAGUUAGGGAGAAUUCAGUUACACCAUUCUUCUUCAAUAACAUAGAUACGAAGUCUGUAGCAACAGACUCCUCCAUAAUGAACAUCACUGAAAACAAUUCGGGGUCAGGUGUAGAACAAAAUAGUACCAUUAAUAAUGUGUCCAAGAAAACAGAGUCCUCCCAAGUGUUCCAAGGGUUUAGUUCUUUUAUGAAAUCCAGUGAUGAAUGGGAAUGUAGUGUGUGUAUGAUUAGAAAUAAAAAUACGGCUGAAAAAUGUAUAGCAUGCGAGACUCCUAAACCUGCACUUAAUUCAGUUUCAAACACUGGCAGUCAAAUAGCUAAUGCAGUGGCGGAGCCGCCGCCACCCGCAUUGAAUAGUAUAGCUGGAGGGUGGGGUAAUGCGUUUAAAAAGUCUGAUAAUGAAUGGGAGUGUGAAACGUGUAUGAUUUUAAAUAAAGACACAAGUAAUAAGUGUGUUGCGUGUGAAACCCCUAAACCAGGUAGUAGAAGUGAACCUCUAUCACAAGACAAUAGUAGUAAAGUUUUAGAGAACAAAGAGGAAAAAACUAAUUUAGGGUUUGGCUCCAUGUUUGCCAAAGCGAAAGGUGAAUGGGAAUGUGCCACGUGUUUAGUCCGUAAUAACAGUGACGCUAGUAAAUGCAUAUCUUGUGAAACUCCUAAGCCAGGUGCUGUGGCCGUGUCCCAAGCUAUCACAGGUAAUUUCAGGUUUGGUGUAAAUACAAAUGACUCUUCCACAAGUUCUACUUUUAAGUUUGGUGUUAGUGACUCACAGUCUGAGGUUAAAUCUAGUGGGUUCAGAUUUGGGUUGAGUGCCAAAAAUACUGACGAAAGUAAUAGCAAAGUAAGCGGUGGGUUUAAAUUUGGUGUGAGUGAGGAGGUAAACAAAAGUUCUUUGACUGAGAGUUCAAAAGAUGUUGCAAGUGACAAGUCAAAAGAAAAUUCUGAGUGUGUUAGCAGCAGCAGCAGCAGCAGUAGUAGUAGUACUGGUUUUACAUUUGGUGUCAAGUCCACAGACAAAAAGAAAGAAACUGAUAGCAAAGUUCCAAAUUUUAAUUUUUCUUCGAAUAAGUUAAUAGAAAACAAAAAGGAUUCAGAAAAUGCCAUCAAAACCGGUUUUAAUUUUAAAGUGGUUAGUCCAGAUACACCAUUUACUUUUGGGGUAGGGUUAAAACGAAAAACAGAUAGAGAUGAUAAGAAUAAUUCCAAUGAAAUUAAACCUCCUACGGAACUAAAGUCAGGGAGCGUAGCAGACGUUCUUAAGCCAAAGGAACCUUCCACUGGUGUAUUUACAUUUGGAAAUAAAAUUGAAAAGCCUGAGAGGGACAGUGUAACCAAGCUCCCAGUUUUUAAUAAUGCAUUGUCUUCGUUGCAUAAUGACGGGGAAUCCAAGAACGCCACUCCCACCUUUGGAAGUUCAAAAGUGUCUGCUCCACUCAUCUUUGGAACGAAAACAGGGGAAUCCACUUCUAUCACAGGUAAUAGCUUCACCGUUGGAACAGAGGUUACGAAGGCAAAUGCUUUACCUUCCUUUCCAUUUUCUCCUCCUGUAAAUGAAGAAACCAAGACAACAGCAUCAGUGCCAUCUUUCACCUUUGGCUCUAAACCUGAGUCGGCAGACAGUGAGGAGCCCUCCAAAAAGUUAGCCUUUGGAUCAUCAAGCACCUUGACUAAUAAUAAUGUCAACUCCAAAACUCCCCAACUCUUCACUUUUGGAAGCAAAGAAAAUACCCUGACAGGUUUUGGACCAUCCCCUACUUCUACCCCGGCCUUUGGAGCACCAGCCCCAACGUGUAAUGUAGGGAGUACAUUCCAGUUUGGACACAAUAAUAAUCCUGUUCCAGCUGCCACAGCCCCAGCUCCCUCCUUUGGUAAUGCAGCAGCAGCUCCUGCAUUUAGUGGUACAGCUGCGUUUGGUAGCAAUAAUUCAACAUCAUCUUUCGCAUUUGGACAAGGUCCCAAGAAGUCGGCUGCUGGUUACGAUUUUGGUCAGGCUGCUUCAGUGGCAAACGCAUUCAACUUUUCUGGUGGAGACUCCACUGCAUCAACAUUCAAGUUUGGUCAGAACGCGGGGGACGCAGCCUCCAGGAUAUUUCAGUUUGGUGCUGGAAGUACGCCUGUAGAAACCCCUGCUUUUGGUGCGGAUAAUCCCUAUGCAGCGCCAGCACCUCCAAGUGGCCGUGUAGUAAAGAAAGCAAGAAGACGAAAGCAGUAACUCUUAGCUGCUCCGUUUUGUACCAAAUCGUGUCUUUAUAUUGAUAAUAUAUGUAUAUAACCCACGUCAAUUAUUUUUUUAUGACAGUUAUUCUUUUGGGGGCUGUUGCUUAUUUGUCCUAUUUUUUCCCUUUUUUUUUUAUUUUGUUUUUUUUCUUAUAUCAGGAAAGAGCGCUUUUGAUUUUAAAUGUGGUGCUUUACAUGGGAAAUGCUGUAAAUUACUUUAAGUUGUCAGGUUUCUCUCUCUCUCUCUCUCUCUCUCUCUCUCUCUCUCUCUCUCUCUCUCUCUCUCUCUCUCUCUCUCUCUCAUUUUAUUAGUCACCUUAGGUUAGUGGUCUAGGUAAAUGCUUCAUAAUGCCUCAUUAAACUUCCCUUUGUUCCAGUUUGUGAUAUUAGGGAGCAUUUGUAUAAAUUACCAUGAACAACAGUAAACUCCUGUAAUAGUGAGCUUUUAUUUAUAGUAACUGACAGUCAUGCAUUGCCGACAUAUAUAUUCAUAAGAUAUAUACCGUAUAUAUGUGGUAGACACUGAUAUAGCGCUAUCACAUUUAGAUUGUUGACUUUGAUUUUUGAGUAGUUUUAUCUUUUGAUAGAAAAGCUGUCACAAAGAAUUUUUUUUAAAUUGUUGCAAGCAGUGAGUGUCAGUUUAUUAGUGUUAUGUAUUUUGCAGAUCAAGUUUAGUGAUAUUUUUGCUGUUUCAUCCUUUGGUAUAGCUAUAUAUAUUUUUUAUUGAGUUGAUCCGAAGAUUUUAUUGCGUUGUUUACUGUGGCAAGAGUUUACUUUGGGUAGUUCAGAUGAUUUGCUCUUGUUUUAUUUGAGAGACGUUUUAAUAGGUAUUAAAACUGCUUUAUUGCAGAAGUUGAAACCAAAUUGUAUCAUCCUUACAUGUUCCUCCUACUGAAUAGGAAUGUGAAGGUAAAUUUCUUACAGAAAACUAGUUUUAUACCAGUGAAAUGAUCUCUUGAAAAGAGAAAAUCUUAAGUUGGAUAGGUAGGCUUUAUUUCGGGGGCAUGAGUUCACCUAACAACUAUGAUUACUGUAUUUCAUUUACAGGUAGAUCGUUGGCCACUGUACAUAAAUUACUGGCCAGGUUGGGCUUAUGCCACGAUUUUAUAUUCAUGUCACUUUUCACUUGAGUUCUUUAUAACCUGAUGGAUCUCGUUAACUGUUGUUCACUCUGUGAAAAGGCCUGAUGAAACUGUAAUGAAUAUGAAAUUGUGCUUUAUAUAUCAACCCAGACAUUUUUGUAAGCUUUGUGCUACACUUCUCCUCCCUGUGCAAGGUUAUUGUAGAAUAUUUUAAAAAUUAUUUCACUAUUUUUUUAUCAGGAGCACAAAGUAUUAGAAUAGAUACUCUGUUAUAUCACUAAAGUGUAAAUGGUGUAUACUGUAUUUUAAAUUGACCCUCUUUGACCAUGCACAGGUAGGGGCUCUGUGGUGAUUUCAGAAGAGGCAUUCAACUAAGCUUUUUUCAAGAAUGAAGUCUUUUUACCACUAUGAACAUUCUUUGUACAUACUUAAGGCUUAGCAAGCCCAUGAAGUCAUACUGUUUCACGGUUCCUUGUUAGGAGAUCAUUGUUGAAUAUUUUAUAUGAUGCCCAUGGUUAAUGGCCAUUGGUUUUUUUUUUUCAUAUUUUUUUAAGUUUUCAUUAGGAAUGUUCAUAGUUCUCUUGUCGCACAGGUUAUUCCAACAUCUUGCUACAAAGGGCUGUACAUAUUUUAAACAAAUGAAUAGUGCAGUUGGACAUAGCAUUUUAUGUUACUAUGGUGAAUGAAUGCUGGGGAUAGCUAAUGUCAAGUUUUUGUCACUGAAUAUAGCAGGAUAAUUUUUUUCUAUAAAUAAUACUUUAUAAUAGACUAAGUAAAGCCUUUCAUUGUGGUUAUCACUGCCCCUGAUGUUAGCCAUCCGCAGCUUCUCACCCCCACUUUAGUGUUGCUCAUGCAAAGUCCUCUGCAAGAUGCGACAAUUGUGCGCUUUAUAAAUAAGUGAUGUAUAUAGAAUACCAAGGCAGGCUCACUCCUUGAAAAUGUACGAACACUUCAUUAGUGUGGUAUAGCUGACGGACUUGUGUUAAAUGCGAGUUGUAUCUGUAGGCUGCUGUUGCGGUAACUAAUACGAGUAGUAAAAAUGAGUGGCUGGUUGUGAGAAGCGGAGUGUACCGCCCCUUGUCUUGUCCUGUCUGUUGGAUCCCUGAGAGGUUUAUUGUAAUACUGAUAAGAUUAUUUUAUAUCAAUGUGACUCUUAAUAUGUACAAAUUGGUGAAGUGUGAGUGUGAAGGAGUUAGACUGCUGGGAGUAUAUGUCAUCUGGUUUUGCAUUACUCGGUGUGAGUGUGAAAUGUUCAAUAAAGGAGCAUUCUAUACUGGAA